GUUAUCAUUUUUGAAUAUCCCAUUCCCCUUUUCCCAGGGUUUUCUCGAUUUCUCAAAGUUGAACUUUCUCAAAUUCAUUCGCCCUUUUUCAAUCUUGUUUACUUUUUUCUUUUUGAAUGGGCGUUCAUUGCACACGUUUGUUUUUGUGUCUUUUUAAAUGGAAAAUUGAAAAAUCAAAAUAUGUUUAACUGAUAUUGUGAAGUUACCUUUCUGAGAUAUUUCCUUCUAAGUACGAAAGUACGAUCAUAUAAUUACUAUUAUGAAAUAAUGAUUUAAAAUAAUAAGAGCAAUAGAACAAUAGAUAAUUUCUCCAUAGUUUAUUCGAAAAUGAGUGUUAUAUCGGAUAACGAUAGCGGCAAAGUUGUGGAAGGCUGUGGAGGUAGACUGAUUCAAAAAACUGAAUCACUGAUGAAAAGGAGGUCACAAAAGUAUUCUAAUCGCGCGAGUGCAGCGAUGUCGAAUUCAACCUCAGUUACACAGCUGGACCGAGCUCCGAAUAUCAUGCCUCAAAAAACCUAUAUAUUCUGGCUUUUGAUUCUAAUUAUAUUCUUCAUGGCUGCGGUGAAUUUCACUGUGUUGAUCAUUAUGAUCAACGUUCUACGUAUUGGCGAAGGGAUGGAAAGUAUGGAAAUGCUAUCUAAAGAAGAAAUUAUCAAAUUAUACGGUGAUACGGAUUUCGAUUACAUUGUGUACAAUGAAGAAGCUCUGAAAGGUUUUCAAGAUAUUCCUUUACAAGUUAGAAGUAAUGAAGGAUUUGUUGUAAUGGCUUUGAACAAUUAUAAAGACAUGAUCUCUAGUGACAAAAUGAAACUUACAAAUGAUGAAAUAUCAUUUUCGAACAUUGAUCAUUUCCAAGUGGUUGAUCCUGUCACUCAAAAAACAGUGUUUUCAACGCAUAAUAACAAUUAUGAGAUUCCAAAAGGCGUAUCUAAUUUAGAUAUAAAACGAUUGCGCGUUAAUCGAUUGGUGAGCCCGAGUAAUUCAAAUUUAACAAUUAAAUCAGACUCCCUUACUAAAAUAAAGGGUAAUGAAGGAAUGAAUGUAAAAGGCAAAGAAGUUACAUUCUUUGCCGAUGGUGAUAUUCAUUUGAAAAGUGUAAAGGGUGAUAUACAUUUACUAGCUGGCAACAUUACUAUAAAUAUGAAAGAUAUUCAAACUUCAUUUACAAAUCAGCGAGGAUAUGCCUCUCAGUACAGUGGAUCUCACUUUAAAUUAUGUGUGUGCAUGCCUCAAGGAGUGCUCUUUAAAGUUCCUGUUCUUAAAGGUAAAAACCCUCAAAAAGCUUGUAGUAAUGUUGACUUUUCUGAAAGGAAUAACCCUUGCGUUAAACUAUGAAUAAAAUUUCAAAUCUUUCGACGCUUUAGGACAAUAAAAAUUACCUUUCGGUAUUCGUGCAGCGUUCCUUUCUCUAAUAAUCUGGUGAAUACUUUUCUACUUAAUUUUUAAAAUCGCUUCUUAUUUCUUAAGAGAAUCAAAAAAAGUAAUGAGGAUGGCAUUUUUUUAUCGACAGUUUUUAGAAAAUCAAAAUGUAUGUAGCGCAGUCAAGUCUAUCUCUCUAGUCACUGUACAUAAUUCAGAUUUUCACCAUGACAAUUCCAAUUCGCGUAUUUCACAAAAUCUAGAUUUUUUAUUUUAUAUUUUUAUACGUAUUUUGCUGUAUUAGAUUAGAAUACUAUACACUACCUUCUAUGAGUAACUAUUCAUUUCAGGAAUGGGAAAAAAUCUCUUAUAAAAACUCCAGUAAACAAAGUAAAAAAAAGAAGUGAACACUAAACACUGUAAUUUUUUCUAGUCAAUUAUCGAUACGUUUAUGUUUAUAGAUAUAUGUAAAGUAAACUAAGAGAACGAUCAGACGUCUAUUGUAUUAACUCAAUAAGAUAACAUUCUAGUCAAAUAAGUACCUAAUUAAUAACCGAAUCAACGUCAACGGUGACAUUUUCAAUAUUUAUCGAUGUAUACUUUUUUUCAAUUCGUUUUGCGGCGUACCAACUACUGAUGAUAAAAAAUUAUAUUCAAAUUAUAGAUAGGAUUGUUUAGUUGUUUUUCUUAACUCAUAUCAUAACAAUUUUACAUGUUGAUUAAUAAUUAAACACACUCACACAAA